GGUAAAGAGAACGUUAUAUCGGCUAGCACGGUCCCCCGAGGAAAGCCAGACCCGACACUCGCCCCGCCACCACCGUCAGCGGGCACUUUUUUCCACCGGAAUCGCCACCGCGAAUACUACUGCGCUUGUGUGUCGUGAUCGCGCGACAAUUUGUCGCCGUUAAAAGAAUUCCGUGACAUCAGUUAGUAGUCGCGUUCUGUAGUCGGUGGCAAAAACAGGACCCGUCGCAUGAAUCGUUCUGACCGCAAAUCGUCCCCCUCCCCUGGUCCCGCGACCCCACUCUGCUCCACCCACUGGGCCGACUGGCAAAAAUCCUACCGACAGAAAGAAAGAAGCACACGACCGACGCCGAUGCAAUUAUCACCUGCUUGUGAACGACAUUUUACACUUCUGCCGAUUUUCGGACUUGUUAACUUUGUUGUUGUGCUGCCGCGGUUACGUGCUGUGAACUCGCACGUUACGCGUCUGUGACUGUGAUUAUUGUGAUUAUAGUGUCUUCUGUGCGAUGCGUCGUCGUCCACUGGAGGGCAUCUGAGAGCUGAGUGCGUCCCGUGUGGGACAACCAUGUCCCAGUUUGGCUUCCGAGCUUCGCCUAACACUCAGAAUAUAGUACAAUCUGGUCCAAGCCAGUCCUCGUCACCCUCCUCCAGCAUGGCGGUAACCACGUCAGCGCCAGCGGCUGGUACUCCGCCAUCUUCAGCACAAAGGUGUUGCGACACCGGAAGACCAAUUUUCACGGACCCCAUAAGCGGCCAAAGUGUGUGUUCGUGUCAAUAUGAACUGUUAGGUUAUCAAAGACUUGCAAGCGGCGUUCCAGGUCUGCCCGCCCUCUCCAUGUACAGUGCGCCCUAUCCUGAGGGAAUGGCCGCCUAUUUUCCCGCCUUGGGCGCUGACCAGGCGCCCUUCUACACCUCACCGGCAGGCUUAGAACUGAAAGAAAACCUGGCAGCUGGGGCGGCUAGCUGGCCUUACCCUUCCGUAUACCACCCCUACGACACCGCCUUCGGAUAUCCAUUUAAUGGAUACGGGAUGGACUUGAACGGAGCGCGCAGAAAAAACGCCACAAGAGAAACGACCAGCACCCUGAAAGCGUGGCUGAACGAACACAAAAAGAACCCCUACCCAACCAAAGGCGAAAAAAUCAUGUUGGCGAUCAUAACCAAGAUGACGCUGACCCAAGUGUCAACUUGGUUCGCGAACGCUAGACGAAGAUUGAAAAAAGAGAACAAGAUGACUUGGGAGCCUAGAAAUAGGGUGGAGGACGAAGAUAACAACAACGAAGACGAUGAUCAUAAGAGCACGGAUGGAAAAGACCUCCUUGAUUCGAAAGAUUCUGGUACAGCCUCGAGUGAAGAUGGAGAUAGACCACCACACUCUCGUUUGGCGCCAGAUACAGCGAGUGAGUGGAGUGAAUCAAGGCCGGACAGUGAACCAGACAGUCCGGAAUGCUACGACAGACCGCACCAUCCAGCUUUCCUACCACCAAGAACCUCCUCACCCCCUCAAAUCUCCGUAUCUGUUACGAAACCCAGGAUAUGGUCGCUGGCAGACAUGGCAAGCAAAGAAGGAGACAGUUCCCCCACUUCCACCGCGUCCAACAUCUACUCCACCAGUCGUUUGAUGCCACCGAUAACCAGCAGGUUACCCCCACCAGGUCUCCACACUAGUCCCUACGCUAGACCACACGAUUUUUACCGAAGCUUAUACGGUCCAUCGGCAUCACAGCACAUCUCCAACGCUGCAGGAAGUCCAUCUGAAGUCUCCCUCUUGGAGAACUACUCGAGGAGCAUAGCGGCUGCGAAUUCCAGCAGCGCGGUGCCUUCCUCUUUGAGCUCAGUGUUAACCAAAGCCAACCUGGCGGCUGCUACGUCUUCGAGUGCAUCCAGUGGAGGCUCGGUACCUCUGGGCCUCACCACCAGCUCGAGGAUGUCCCCAGCGUCGUCGAUAUCCUCCGGAUCUGAAACCCCACAUAAACCAAUGGCACUGAACAAGGCUUGAUUCUCAACGUUUUCGGUCUCAUCUUGACCCUGAUCUACCUCUUAUAUCCUGACCAAUUCGGACAAUAAUUCUUGAAGCCUCUCAUACCUGUAGUGUGCUGUGCUGUACAGUUAAUGUGAUAUAUAUCCUUCGGUUCCUUAUUAUCCUUUCAACGCGUUCAGACGUUUGGUUUUCCGUGUACAGAAGAAAUGGACUGCGUGACCGCAACAUUUUGAAAUAUUGUAUCUAUAUGUAUGUAUUUAGUCUAAUAUUGUGAACAGAUAUUUGUUAUUAUAUAAAUAUGUAUUAUUAAGCUAAUAUAUGAGUUGUUGUAAGCUUAUACAAACUGGAAUGGAAGAGUCAGUGGUAAAGCACAAGAGUCGUCGUUGUAGAGUCCAAUAAUUAAAAAGACUACACUCCCGAAUAAUACUAUAAAGUUUUUUGAGUUAUAGAAAUAUUAUUUAUUUGUUUGUAAAUUAGAAGAGUAUAUUGAUUCAGUUUAGUCCGUAUAAGCGUACGACAGUUAAUGGAUGAUUAUUAUCAAUGAUUGUAUAAAAUUUCACACAUGACAGAUCUUGAUACUUACACACACACACAUACAAAUCAGUGUAAAUUUUACGUUCACAAACAUAUCAGACUGCUGGAAGAUUGUACCAUUUCGAUAUUGUUUCGUUCGAUAUUCAUUUCGAUCAGACGUGUGUUGCAAUAAAAAUAAAUCGUUCAUUAUUAA